AUGGCAACGGAGGAAUUCAGCCGCUCGAUCCCGUUCCUGCCAGACCCGCAGCAGCGCGCCAAUGUGCUCGAGAAAAGCAGCCGCGCAGCGUUCGAGCAGCCCAUCGUGGAUCACGACAAGUGGUUCCUGACCGCCCGAGAGAUGCGGGCUGCGCGCGAUGGCUUUGAGCGUCCGAACCACGCACUCUUCACGACUGGAAACCGCGUGAAAAUCUACCCUGCCUCGGCGGGUUAUUUCAGCGGUGUAGCAGACGACAUCGCUCAGACCAUGAAAAACGACCUUGUGUACAUCGCAGGCUGGUCCGUGUGCAACGUGCCGUUCAAGCCUCUCGAGUCAAGUUCGACUCUGCAUGAGUUGAUCAAGGGCUCCGUGACUCGAGGAGCUGAUGUCCGCAUGCUCAUCUGGUCCAACUUGACGGAGAGGAAGCAGGUUCUGGACGUCCGGGACUUUGUCAACGCCCUACCGCCGCCGAAGAAGAAUGGGCCUGCUCGGUUCGUGUUCGACGAUCGACUGCCUCAUCCCACGUCCUCACAUCACCAGAAGUCCGUCGUGGUGCGCAAAGGUCGAGAGCUUAUCGCGUACGUGGGAGGUGUAGACCUCACCUCGAACCGUUGGGACACACUGGAACACGAUCAACACGAACUGCGUCAACGCGCUGGUAUCGAGCGAAAAGGUCGCAAGGGAUGGUUGGAUGCCCACGCUCGGAUCGUUGGCCCUGCCGCCAAGGAUGUGGCUACGAAUUUCCUAGCGAGGUGGAACUCGGAGCCUAAGCCGUCGCAGGAUUUACUUGACGACUUGCUGGAGUUCGAAAACCCAGACUACUCCUCCCUCCCAUCAGUUGAAGACACUGAACCCUCGCUAGUGAUCCCAGAAAACGGCUCUCACGCCGUACAAUUUGUGUGCACGUACAGCCCGGACUACGACGGAUACACUGACUUCGCUCCGAUGGGCGAGCAGUCCAUUUUCCAUGCCCGCAUUAAAGCGAUUCGAAACGCGCGCAACUUCAUCUUCAUCCAAGACCAGUACUUUAUCCUUGUGCCAGAGCUUCUGGACGUUCUGCUUGAGGUGCUGCCCAGCAUCACGCGGUUAGUUGUCAUUGUGCAGAGAACUGCUGAAGCGAGCUAUACUGGCUACGACAAAUACCUGUACGACAUGGUCUCCCCUCUGCAGCUCCAUUUCCCCGAGAAGUUCCAGUUGUACACCACGAAAGAGUCACGCGACUUGUACAUCCACAGCAAGAUCGUGAUCGUCGACGACGUGUACGUCUCGCUCGGCUCUGCUAACUGGAACCGGCGGAGCAUGACAAGCGACACGGAGCUCGGAGUCAACAUCGUGGACAGCGAGCAUGUGCAGUCCCCAGACAACGUCACGAUCAACAAGCUGGCUCGGGACUUCCGUAUUCAGAAAUUCGUGGAGGCAACAGGGCUUGCCUAUGAGAAGUUGGAGGUUAUGACGUUUCUGGAGGCGUGUGAUGCCCUCGAAGCCGCUGCUCGUGACGAUAGUACUGGCCUUAUUCAAACGUAUACCCUGGAGGACAAAGCCAGGUUCGACCUGGAUCACAUCCAGCGAAAGAUUGUCGAUCCCGAGGACCCGUUAGGCAGCAGGUGUGGCCCUACUAUGCUGUUUCGCGGUUGA